ACUUUUUCUGUAACGAAAAGAAAAUUUUCUCUAAUUAGUAAAAAAUAAAUUUAUCUAUAUUUGUUUUAUAACUUCCUUACAACCAAAUUGGUUACGUAAUGCAUCAACUUUCUACUUUAUCGGAAUUAAAGUCAUUAUGUGUGAUUGAUUUAACACAUUCGUAAUUCUAUUUAGGAAUAAUAUACGCAUAAAACGAGAUUAAAGAGAAUAAAGAAAGUAAGAGAAACAUUGUAUGAAUAAAAGAGACAAUUAAAAAACAGAUGCGAUGUAUCGACGUUUUGUAAUUCCCCUUAGUCGAUAAUGAUUCUCUGAUAUAUUUUUAUAUGGAUUAUUCGCAAAUCUGUUCAGUUGCAAGGAUGAUGAAACUAGACAUAUAAGAUUCAAUUGUUUGCAUCAUAUGUGGUAUGAGCACGUGCUAUCGAUCGAAGUGUCCUGCCAAGAUGGAUAUAAAAUUUAUUAACCAAACAAACUUGACAAUCUAUCAAAUUCGAUAUUCAUGUAUGAUAAUAUAAUUUUAUUCGCGUUUAAUUUUUUGAUGUUUUGAAUAUGAAGAAAAAAAAAUUGGAAAGAUAAUACUUAUUGUAAGACUGCCAUCAUUGAUAUACGUAAAAAAUGUCAUCUCAUUCCCAAGUUUCUAUCUAUCUGGCUAUCCUUCUCUUCUUGAAAGAAUGGUUAUGCGCAAUAGAAGCAAUAUUUCGAACGAAUAGACAAUUGAAAUUCUUUUUUAAAAAUUAUCAUCGAUAUUUGCAAAGAUUUCCUGCAUACAAUAAUUCUUCCUAGAUAUUGAAAUUAAACAUGUUGAAACAUUAAAACAUGUUGAAACAUUUCGAAAUAAAUUAUAGAUACAUGCUAAUUAACAUGUAACACUAUCUAUUUAUUACUUUUCUAUUUUAAAAAUUAUUACAGUUUUCGUUUUUCGUUUUAUUUUCUGUUUCUGGUAAAAAUUUUCUGGUAAUAAAUUCGUUGAUAAAAAACUCCGCAAUGUACAUAGAAUCGACAUACUUUAUCUGGAAUACCCCUGAAUAUAUAGUACAGCAAUGCAUGGUUGCUAGGUGGGGAUAAGAGAUGUAUAAAAGCGACGUGUGUCGAUUAUCGAGGUCACUCAUCAGUGGAACUGUUGGUCGGUUCGUGUGUUUUCAACGUGAAAGUUUUCAUCGUUGCAUAAGAUUGUAUCGAGAUAACUUGUGUAUUUUGAUAAAAAAAAAUUUCUAAAAGAAAUCAGUGAAACAAAAGUGUGCAUUUAAUUAUUAUAAACUGGCGAUCAAAAACGAAAGAAUUCCAACUUUUAGUGAAGUGUGUAAGAAAGUACCAGAAAAUAAUAAAUCGAGUAAGCAGAGAAAAAUACUUACAGAUAUGACACGUUGCCAAAGUCUACAAUCCUAUGCUUCGUCUAUGAUGUCUGAUAGUGGAAACUUAUCUUGGACCGAACAAAAAGAAAUAUUUAGAUAUCGUAGAGGCACUAUAACGUGCGGUAUGUUACCAACAUUACGAGCUCUAGCAUCCAAGGAAUGCGAGAAUAAUCAGAGUAUUAUUUGUCUUGUACCUUUCGACACGGAUAUGGAUUCUGCCAGUCACCUGCAAAUGAUUUUGCUGGAGGCAUAUUGUCGUGAAACAGGAAUUAAGGUGUUAAGAGUAUCCAGAGAAAAAAUACGAAACCAUCUAUGUCCUGAAAGCGGCGAUUUAUCCUGCGUACUCAUCUCUAAUGACGAUCCAUACUUCUUAGAUACACCGGAGUGAAUUUGAAACAUAUUCAUUUAUCAAGAAUGAAUUUUUUUUCGACUGGAUGCAGUCACAUAAUCAUAUCAAGAAAUUCUGAAAAAGAAUCGUUGGAUAUCGGAUAGAUGGCAGAAAGCACAUCUUCAAUAGUGACAUUUUCGAUACAGAGAGAGAAAUCGAUUUUGAACUCGAAGUUGAAUAGAGUAUAUCGAUAAUGGACAAGAUUAACAUUCUAAGAUAAUCAUUCUAAAGAUAUAAUAAAAAUUAUAUUUAUAUGUAUCUCGAUUGCGAUAAGCGAUUUUAAUCGUUAAAAUUGUUCAAAGAAAAAGAAAAUGAAAAUGAUCGAUUGCGAAUCCGUGCAAAUAUAUAUGUGUACGUAUAUAAAUACAUUCGUACACAUAUGCGUGCGCGCGCACGAACGCACAUACACUUUUUCAUUACGAUAUAAUUGUUAAAUUAAUAAAAUUAUAUUAUAUUAUAUAUAUUUAAUUAUAUUAAAAAUGAAUAUCAUGUUACCGUUAUAAUUAUUUUGUAAUAAUAUACAUAUAUGUUACUAUAGAAA